AUGUUCAUAUCUGGGUAUUGCAGGAGAGGUACCACAGCAGGCAAUCAACUUGGAUAUGCUACGUCAAUACGACUCUACAAUAAUACAGCCAACACUGCUAUCGAUGGUAAAGUUGCAAAAACGGAUACCAUUCCGUAUGCGAGAAUAACGGGUGCUCCAGAUCUCACCAUCUACGAGAAGAAAUUAACAUUUGCUGGACCUAUUAUUUCCAGAGAUACAUCUAACACUGUUUCCGUCAAUACCUCAAAUAUCACUACUCUUGGAACACUCACAUCUCUUAACGUAACAGGCGCUUUGACCGCCGGCUCCAUAAGCAGUCCUACCUUGACAAAUUAUCUUACAACAGCAAAUGCAGCCACAACGUAUCAACCACUUAAUGCUCGUCUUACAAAUUUUGGGAACAUUGCACCGACAAAUACUUUUAUGCUCAUCGCAUCGGGUGGGAACUUCAUUCAGUACAGUCCUGCAGACGUUCGUGCGAAUCUCUCAUUAAAAAAUCUGAGUUUGCUCGAUACGUUAGACUACACUAGUUCGGCGUUGGUGAACAAACCGAAUUUGGGCAGUCUCUCCGCGCUAAAUAGCAUUGAUUACACAAGUACAUACAUAACAGGAAAACCUACGCUUGGUUCACUUGCAGCACUCAACAGCAUUGACUAUGCUUCGGCUUUACUUACAAACAAGCCUACACUUGGCAGUUUGGCGGCUAAAUCCGUUAUAAAUCUUGCAAGUUCAGAUGUGAGUGGGGUCCUUUCCGUUGCCAGUAUCGAUCCUAACAUUGUUAUUGCAGGAACGGGUUUAACUAAAACUGCUCAGACUUUAAGUGUCAAUCCUGUACAAACACAAAUUACAAGUAUCGGUACUUUAACGGGCCUUUCCGUUUCUGGUUCUAGCACAUUUACAGGUGCAGUCACUGUUCCUACACCUACAAUUGCAGCAAAUCCCGCAACAAAAUCAUAUGUGGAUGGAUUGAUUUCUACAAUGCAAACGGGAGCGCAACCACUAAAUGGAAAAUUGACUGCUAUUUCUUCGAGCACCGCCACUCUCAACAAUUUCCUUGUAGGAGAUGGAAGUAAUUUUGUCUCAACGACUCCAUCAGCAUCUAGGACAGCAUUAGGGCUCGGGUCAUUAGCGGUCAAAAGUGUAGUAGACCUCUCUACCGACGUGGGAACCAGCGUCCUUCCAUAUAGUAAUAUUGAUCAAACGGUUGCCCAAAAGUCAUACGUCGAUGGUUUAGUCUCAACUGCUGGAACGGGAUUGACAAAAACAGGAAACAAUUUCUCUGUCAAUGUGGCUCAACCUCAGAUAACAUCUCUUGGGACCCUAUCAUCAUUGAGCGUUAAUGGAAAUGCGAACUUUGCUGGAGAUGUCACGGUGUCAGGAAAUGUAGUUGUAUCAACUGUCCCGACAUUGGGGACACAUCUUACAAAUAAGACUUAUGUUGAUACGCUUCUAAGUGCAGGAACCGGUUUAACACGUACAGGAAACAAUUUCUCUGUCAAUGUGGCUCAACCUCAGAUAACAUCGGUUGGAACUUUAUCAUCAUUGAACGUUAAUGGAAAUGCGAUCUUUGCUGGAGAUGUCACGGUGUCAGGAAACGCUGUCGUCUCAACAGCACCGACCUUAGCAACUCAUCUUACAAACAAGACAUAUGUUGAUACGCUUCUUAGUGCUGGAACAGGAUUGACACGUAGUGGAAAUGCGUUCAGCGUAAAUCCUGCUCAGCCUCAAAUUACAAGCGUUGGAACUCUAUCAUCUUUGAAUGUUGGUGGAAAUGCGAACUUAUCCAAUGUUCAAAUUGCCGGAACGACUGAUUCUACCUCGACCACAUCAGUUACUUCUACUCUUGACUCCAACGUUAUAAAUGCUGGUGCUCUCCAAGUUGCAGGCGGCGUUGGAGUUGCUAAAUCAUUAUACGUCGGUGGAUAUGGAAUCAUAAAAGAAUCUACAGCCGGAAAUGGACCUUCUGUAGGUCUUAUAAACUCAAACGGUGGAGGUUGGACUUUGUGGCAUAUAGGUCGAAUUAGUGGCCUUGGAACUAAUAAUUUCGGCUUAUACAACAAUACUGCCGCAAAUCUUGCGUUAUGGGUGAAUGUGACAACGAAUGCACUAACUAUCAAUUCGGUAUCCGACUCCAACGCUACAAAUGCUGGCGCUUUACAGGUCGCCGGAGGUGUUGGUAUCGCCAAGAAAUUGACGGUAGGAAGUGAUGGGAGUUUUGUCGGGUCAAAUCAAAGUAUCUUCUGGUACAACGGUUCGGUAUCAACACCCACAUUUGGAAGCAGCAUAACGGGCAACGUUUCAGCAGCAGGGUAUUUUUCCUCAAAUUCGGCUAUUGGCGAUAUGGUAAUUCGGGCACAGUACAAUAAUUCACCGACAAACUUACGAUUCGCUAUCUCACCCGGCGUAUCAAACCUUGAUAUAUUGACAAAUGGAAAUGUUCUAAUCAAUACAACAACGGACUCCUCUUCUACAACAACUGGCGCUCUAACAGUUGCUGGAGGUCUAGGUGUGGGAAAAUCUCUAUUUGCUGGUUCAGCCGCCACGGGAAGUCAUACACUGCAAGUAAACUCAACUUCUGUUGAUAUUUUGAAACUUCAGAGUCUUUCGGCAUCUGGGUUUUCUACUAUCGGUUUCCUUAACAACACAGGAACGGUAGUGGGGGCUUUUGGUUACGCAGGAGUCAAUACGACCGCUCCAAAUGCUGGGAACUUUUUUCUCUAUUCCGGUUCGAAUGCCAAUUUCAUAAUCAACUCUAAUCUGCCAUCUGUACAGAUUCUUUCCACUAUAGAUUCUACUACGACAACAUCAGGUUCCCUUCAGGUGAGAGGUGGAGCGGGUAUUGCAGGGAAUGUCAAUUUUGGUAAAGACUUGACUGUUAACGGCACCAUAUACUCCAAUAUCGCCUCAACCGGACCUAUUGUUAGCAGCCAUCUUGGGACACCGAACUUGGCAGCGGGGAGUUUCUCAACACUUCAAAUUGGAGUAGGAGCGGCUACAAAUAACAUGGCCAGGGUAUAUUUCAACUAUGUUGGAGCGGGUCUUGCAACCAAUACGUUGGGUUUGGGAUUAUGGAAUGCACCACAAGGUCUUACAAUUGAUGGUACGGGAAAGGUUAUUAUUCCUAAUGGUUCUAUCGGCAGUUUGACAGUUACAGGAAACAUGACUUUCACCGGGAGUUUAGCAACAAUUUCUGCUACAGGUUCACAAGGUCCUCUCUCCAUAGACCCAAAUCAGUCUUCCAAUCCUUAUAUCAGAGUAUGGGACGACUUGAGAACUGUAGGAGAUUUUUCCGUGUGGAAUUCGGCCGAAAAUACCACUUGGUCUAAAGUCUCCACCAGCAGUGGUAACGUCGCGGUCUUUACCACAACGGAUUCUACAGGAGUAGGAACCGGUUCUUUCCAAGUUUCUGGAGGGAUUUCUGUAGCGAAAUCUUUAUAUGUUGGGGGAAAUCUGAACAACAGUGGUACUGUAUCGAUCUUGACCACUACUGAUGCCACUUCUAACGCAUCAGGCGCUCUUCAAUCCUGCCUUAACAUCGAAAACUACUUUGUUCCCUUACCCCACAACGCCAGCAACAGGUUCUUCAUGGAACGGGUAUACAGUUACCGCGUCAUCUGA